GGCCGUGGUCUGCUCAACCCUCAAGCGGGAGUCACCAGGGAUUCAAUCAAAAGCCUAAAAUGCGUUGUGUUCUUGAAGUGGAAUCCUUGUCUGAGUCGUCGUCUUCGUUUGUUGUCCAGCUCAUCAUUGAUUGCGAUUAUCACCACAGAAUCGCUGAACCAAGGGGACUCAAAAUCGCAUCUCACCAUUAUUACGCUUUUUCUAUCUCCCCAAAAUACCCCUGAAAUAUUCUCUUAUUCUCACUCUUGUCUUAACUCUUACGUCUUUAUAAAAGCCAAAUGCCACUAUCGUCACUGAGAUUGCGCCUAAUUGUCAUAAUACUGUCAUUGUUCGGCGGACAUUUUCAAAAGGUCUCGAAGUAACCCAUUGAAGCGCGCCUUCAGAAAGAGCCUUUUUGUGUAUUUCGAAAAACUUUUUUUAUUACUCAAUUUUUUUUUCUUAAUUCUAUUUCUCUUAUUCUUCCACCACCACCUCCUCCUUGUUUAUGGUCUAUUCCGAUCGUAAACGCCGUCGUCAAUGUCGAAUCUCUCUCUCUCUCUCUCUCUCUCUGUGAGUGACUGAGUCAAAUCGAUCACUGAGGAGACUGAAGUCAGAGAUCCGGCAUGUUGGACGGACUACUUCGCCGCGGGUUCGCCGCUAAAUGCAAAUCGUUGAUCAAGUUGAUCAAGAAUCGGAUCGAUGUGAUAAGGCGGAAGCGGAAGGCGACGGAGAAGUUUUUUAAGCAAGACAUUGCUGAUCUGCUGGCGAAUGGUCUCGAUAUUAAUGCCUACGGAAGGGCUGAUGGACUUGUUGUUGAGCGGACAAUGUCGUCUUGUUAUGAUUUCAUUGAGCAAUCUUGUGACUUUGUAAUGAAGCGCCUUCCGGUGAUGCAGAGCCUGAGUGGAUGCCCUGAGGAAUGCAGAGAGGCUGUAUCAUCUCUAAUGCUUGCUGCUGCAAGAUUUUCUGAUCUUCCAGAACUACGCGGGCUUCGGCAAAUAUUUCAGGAGAGAUAUGGGAAUUCCCUGGAUUGCUAUGUCAACCAAGAGUUUGCUGCAAACUUGAAUGUGAGGCCUUCUACAUUGGAAAAGAAGGUUAACUUGAUGCAGGAGAUUGCAUCAGAGUUUUCAAUAAAUUGGGACUUCAAGGCUUUUGAGGAGAAGAUGUCCAAACCCUCUGCAUUUGCACAGGACCACAAAAUUUACAAAACUAACCAUUUGACCCAUAAUAAUAAAUCAUCACAUGGCAAUGAUGGUGCCCUGAAAGGAGACAAACAUGUUUUGUUGGAGCAAAGGCCAGCCCAUCCUAUCAAUAAAGCUAUUGUCUCAAAAAGAGUCUAUGACGAUGCUCAGUCUAGAUCCAGGCCUCCUAAAUAUCGAUUAAAUCAGCAUAAUGGUUGUGAUGACAUUCUAAAAAGUGAUAUCCAUGACCAUGAAAAACGAGAGCUUAAUGCUAAGAGGGACAGACGACACCGGAAUGAGGAUAGUAUGCCAAAACCGAUUGUAAAAGGUGGUUUAUCCCAGGAUCAAGGGGUGGAACAAUUUGAAGAUGGUUGUAAUUGGGGAAGCAGAACUCUUCAUAGGGAGGAAACACUUAGGGAGGAAACACCGAUGGCCAACCCCUAUUACAAUACUCACAUUCCGCCUCCUUAUGUUAAAUCCAGUUCUAAACAGAAGACUAGCAAAUCUGGAGCCAAUGUUGAUUUUUCACAAGAAGACCAAGGUAACAUCUCUGCAUACCCUUCACCACAUGGUGAGCCUGAUGUGGCCAGUGCAUCAGAGAGGAUUCAUUUAAGUUCAGAAAAGGGAUUGGCUACUGAAGUUCCCGCGCCUAAAUCUAAAUCAUCUAGGCGCAAGCACUCAAAAUCACGCCCUAGUCACUAUGAUGCCAAUUCUAGUCAGUAUGAUGCCAGUGCAGAACAUAGUAGAAUUGUGACGAGAAAAUUGAGGAGCAGGAGACGAGAUGACCCAAGACGUGGCCUGCAACUCUUGUUUGACGAUGAUCGUUAUCGAAGUCAUGAAGAGGAAAGGAUAAUGGAUAAGUUACUGCUAUAUUACAGUAAAAAACCUUCCAUCUUGCCUGAAAAAUGGAUAAGAAAGAAUAGAAGCCGCCAUGCACGCCAAAUGGAUAACUCAGCACGAGAAUUUUCAAGGAAUGAUGAGUCACCAGAGAUGAAUGCUGCUCUACCACGAUCGGUUUCUCUUCCCCGCGAGGAAACAGAAGUAAUGAAAGGAAACAAAGAAUUCACUCGAGGUGCUUCAUUUCAACCGGAUAGACCAACCGUAGCUCGGCAUGUGCAUCCCAAGUUACCUGACUACGAUGAUUUGGCUGCUCGGUUUGCAGCGUUGAAAGGAAGAUGAAAGAAAGAACAAAGGGUCAAAGAAGCUUCAAUGCCCGUGUAGAUAAGGCGUUUUAAUUAUUCAGCCUUUAUCUCAUAUUCUGGUGUGUCGUUUUUUUUUUUUAAUUUUUUUUUUGGCGGGUGGGGGGCUUCAAUUUCAAUGGUAAACUGUUGACUACUAUGUAGGCUGCGGCUCUAUGGAGUUGUUCGGUUUUAAUGCAACUUCAAGUUAUAUGUCAUCCGAUCCCUGUUCAAAUUUUCUUUUCUUUCUUUUUCC